GGGGUUUUUUUAAGGUUUAAAAAUCCUUGUUUGACUUUAAAGCAGGGAAAGGAUGGAGAAGAAGGUGAAGGAAGUGAGAGUGGAGUAGAUCUGAGUGUGAAGCAAAAAUUCUUCCAAAGUUUUCAUCUUUCAAUCAAAGGGUCCUAAAAAAAAUGCUCUGAACCUUCGUUUUCUUCAUCUUUUUCUUUUUCUAAGUCCCCAAUCACUAUAACACAAUGCCUCGCCCUUGUUUCCACAAGCUUGUUCUCCCCACUACUCUCCAAUCCAGACAACUGUGUUGUUAAAUAGCGGCCAUGGUGCCUCCAUGGCGGAAUGACGUGGCAGAUUUUUUGCCAACCACCAUAGACAAUUUGUGAAGGGAGGCCCACCAUGGCGGUGCCAUAAGGUGCAAUGAGGAUUCCAGAUAAUUUUCUGAGGAAAUAUGGGACCCAGCUUUCUACAAUUGCUACCCUCACUGUUCCUGAUGGUAGUGUUUGGCGUAUAGGAUUGAAAAAAGCAGACAACAGAAUUUUGUUUGUUGAUGGUUGGCAAGAUUUUGUUCAACACUACUCCAUUGGUGUUGGAUACUUCUUGGUGUUCAUGUAUGAAGGGAAUUCAUCCUUCAUUGUUCAUAUUUUUAAUUUGAGUACCUCUGAGGUAAACUAUCAAUCGGCCAUUAGAAACCGUAAUGAAGGAUCUUGCUUGGCCAAUUAUCAUCAUAUUUUUGAUGAAAUGGAAGAUGUAGACUCCCUUGAUUUGUCGGAUUUGUCACCUCAGUACCUUACUCCUGGUUCAUUGCAAAACAAGGGUUGUGUUGGAUCUGUCGAUCAACUGACACCUGGGAAGAGUCAUACUCCAGCUUUGCAGAAUUUGUUCAAUGGUGGAUCAAAACUCAACCGCAUAAACUGGGGUGAUGGUGGGAGUGCUUUUUCUUCGAAGAAUGCCAAUUCACAAGGCAAUCAGUCAACCAGAGACAUAGGUGUUCAGUUUAAUGCUAAUGAGUUUAAAAGGUCCACUGAAGAAUUGAAAUUGCGUUAUUCUAACGAGGAAACAGUUAAUAAAACUGCAAAAAAGAAGCGAAAAUCAGAGCCCUAUGGGGAGGAACCCUCUGGUGAAAAUGAAGAGGAGGCAGAAAUGCGCUAUAGGUUUUAUGAAAGUGCAUCUGCAAGGAAAAGAACCGUGACAGCAGAAGAAAGAGAAAGGGCAAUUAAUGCAUCAAAAACAUUUGAACCAACUAAUCCUUUCUGCCGAGUUGUCCUGCGACCCUCCUAUUUGUAUAGGGGAUGCAUAAUGUAUCUGCCUUCCUGCUUUGCUGAAAAGAAUUUGAAUGGGGUUUCGGGAUUCAUCAAACUUCAGUUGUCCAACGGUAGACAGUGGUCUGUUCGCUGCCUCUAUAGGGGAGGUCGAGCCAAGUUAAGCCAAGGUUGGUUUGAAUUCACAGUGGAGAACAAUUUGGGAGAAGGUGACGUCUGUGUGUUUGAGCUCCUUAGAACGAAGGAAGUUGUGCUGCAAGUUACGGUAUUUCGCGUAACCGAGGAUGCAGGGUUGUUGAACCAGCCUCCUAUGAUGCAGCAGCAGCAUAUCCCAAAUAUGAGCCACACUAAACUCUUGAACCCUCACUUGCAGCAUCGCGUCAGUACUACCAAAUUGAUUAGAAAUUAGCAGGGAGAUUUAAUUUAUGAUAGUAAAAUUGUGCCCAUUUAGCCCUGGAUUCUGAGUGAUCUGUUGUUCAUCUAAUUUCUUCACUUGGAACUUUGAUGCUUUACAUGUUCAUAAACAUUGGAACUUAGUUAUUGUAGUUUUGAUACAAAUUUCAUGUUUUUGAUUUGGGUUGUAAAUAGAUUGUUAAAUCUAGUUGAUCAUAAACUGAGUCGAAAUGCUUGUGCUAUUGCCGUGUUUUGGUUUAAUAUUUUUUGUUAUGAAGUUA